CGGCUCACGCCCACUUUGCCGGUACGAGUAUCACACAGUACCGUAUCUAGGCGAGGGCUGUCACACGCCAAAGCAAAAAAAGGGCUCCAUCUGGAUGCCAAGCGUCCGAAAUACUUUAUAAAUGGCCAAGUACUCGUACUCUACUCGUAUGAUACCAGUAAUCCUAGGGAAGGCUCCCGCCCCAGUCCUAGUCUAUGAUAUGCGGACCGCCGGGGAAUAAGUUCUUGUCCCCCCGUGGAUCGGGAGAUGGCUCCAACCAUGAUAUGAUACAGUCAUUAUCAUAACCGUGGUGAUCACUGAGACUUGUUCGAAUGAUAAUCCCGACCGCGAUUUUAAGAGUGAUACUAGCACAGUACUCGAAUAGUACCGGUAUUAGGCUCUUGCCAAGGGCUAGAGGGGGAGAGGGUGGCGACACGAUGAACCGAUCACAAUCAUCCUUUCUUUCCUUCACCACGAGCAGAAUGCCCGGUCCCCAACCAUGAUACCAGUACCAGCACAGUGCUAGAGCACAGCGCUGGCACGGGCAUCGCCACAUACCCAAGAAGGAUGAAGUGCGUGCAUCCGGAGUAACAGUGCCGUGGUCUGCGAUGGUAUCACGAUGUUGCCGGCCUGGCAUCUUGGGCGUGCCCUCAAGGGAGCGAGUGCUACGAUGCUACACCCGUAUUUUCACCAUCAGCAUGCUCAUAUAUCCGGCAGUUGAACUGAAUGGGGACGGUUACUUACUGAUACAUCUGGCGGCCUGACUGACUAUCAUGAUUUCGGGAUGGAAACUCAGGCACCUUUUUCGCAACCCCGGCGACGGCAUGAUAAACCACAUUUGCAAGCGUGCAUAUACCGGGGGUUAUCAUAAGUUAUGGCUGUUCUGUCGGUUACACCAUGGCACAGCAGGGAAAUCAUGGGACGGGACAGGGACGAGGCUCAGGGCAUACCGGUAUGGACCGUAUGGUGGUCCCUCUCCAAGUCAAUUUACUUGAGUACGGUACCAGUACCGUAUCGUACCCGCACGGAAGCCAAGCACAGCACCAGCGCCGGUAUGGUGCACUACGGUGCCGUACCGGUGUGUUUUAGUCCUGGCUCCGGCUUUGCCAUCAGAAGCGCUGUGGUGGUGAUGAAGUGCCUUUGUAUGUCUCACUGCUCAUACCGGCAGGGUCAUGCGCACUCAUCAUGUUCUACAGUACCUUGUCAAGACUCUUUUCUUUUUUCCCCGGCAAGAUACUUGUAGUACAGUACAAGCUGUAGAGCGAUUUCGGUCUAUGCUGGAGAUGUUGUACUCGAGAACCGGUACUGUACUACGAGUAGUACGGUACGGUACUCGGGGACAGCAGGCUUUCCACUCCGGCUUUGUUCAGCGCGUGUGCCACUCUAUUGGAUCCGGAUGCUGGUCAUCGGCUCUUCCCAGAUUCUACUUUUGGACACACAGGUUCACUUGCUCUUGGCAACUCCCGUAGGGAGCAGGGAGAUUCAGGGUUUGGAUCCUUCGGGAGCUGUGCCCUGCUGCCAAGACACUAGAGAAGGCGACAAGGGGUCGGGUUGACGACUAACUACCACCGGUAUACUGUAGUAUCAUAUCCUAUCAUAUCAUACUCGCUGGAUAUCCAUCAGCUCCUAGGCUUCUCCCCUAUCCCCCCUCCCUCCCCCCCGAAAAAAGCGCCACUCUCUCCGCUACCCUUCCCCCUGGAUUUCUCCCUUCUUCACCCGAGAGACCCCAUCGUCAAAAAAGCCGCCAUGGAAAACACACCCCUUACCCCUUCCUCUUCUGCCCCAACACCCAGUGCAACACCUCCGGGAACCAUCUCGAACACGGGUUCCGAGGCGGAGAAUCAAUCAAAAUUAAAGCAUGUGGUUCUCGUUCGAUUCGCCCCUUGGGCCACCGGCUAACCAUCGAUUUUCUUGGACCUAGGACUCUACUCGGUAUUUUGCGACGUUUUAUCGGAGUGGCUGAUAUUGCUUCUGUCCGUUUUUCAUUGCCGAGUCAGCUACUUGAACCCGUGCCCAAUUUAGGUGAGAAAGGGUUUCUCGGGUUGCAUAACGAGCCCUACAUACUGAAUUGUUGAAAAAGAGUACUGGAAUUACCUGGAUCGUCCUGAAACCUUUGCUAGGUAAAUGGCGGAAAAUGCUCCUCUCACUUCUCCACUAAUAUUGUCUAGCAUUGGCGAAUCCGACGAUGAGCUCGAACGUUUCUUGGGAGUUUUAAGGUUUUGGUUUACCAAAGAUCUGGUCAGAUAGCGAAGAUAACCGUGGCAUGGGGCAAAGAGCUAACCUGGAUCCAUUUUUGAAGAAAUUCGUCAAGGGAAAGCCGUGCAAGGUAAGAUAUUUACAAGCGACCCGGCGCGGAUAAAUGCACCGCACCCCGGAGCAGUUGCUGACCUUUCUCUCUACAGCCGUACAAUUCAACAUUGGGGGAAUUUUUCAGGGUACCUUUCCAGUUGCUAAGUCGGUUGGGAGCCAAUUGGCUGAUUUAGGUGUUCGCUGGGUAAAAACAGUGCAGUUGGGAUGUUCAGGAGACACUGCCGCCUGUUCCAUCCCGCCCUUCUUCCCGAAACUCCCGGAAUUCUGCGGCGAGUAAGCCUUCUCAGGCCGGUAGCAAAGGGCCCGUUCGUGUCUCAUUUUUGACGGAACAGACCUCCCACCAUCCCCCGGUCUCAGCCUUCUACAUCGACUGCCCUGAAAAGGGUGUAUCAGCGAACGGAUAUGAUCAGGUAUGGAUCGGGAAUUCCCGAGGGGAAUCUAAGAUCAGUGCUUACCGAAAGCGCCAUUUUAGAUUAGUGCCAAGUUUACAGGGACCUCUAGUACGUGAAAUGCAAUUCCAGAGGCUUAUAUUAGGAAGUACACUUACCUCGUCAAGUCAGGGUGACUCCUGGGGUCCAUAACCUCGGCAUUUUCAUCAACUUGCACAAGCGUGGGGAUGAAUCCUAUCGACUCACUCACCCCGCCGUGAAUCUGGGAGGAUUCUUGAGAGGUACGUGUGGCAUUGGCGGCUGGUGGCAUGAUUAUUCACGAACUAUACCUCUCAGGAACUCUAAACCUAUAUGUCGAGGACAUCUGCUACGUGACUUGCCCCAAAACAAAAUUGAAGGCUGUACUGCAGUAUCUGGGAGAUUCUUGGAUCGGGAAAGCAAAGCAUAAAGUUGAGGGAGUCGUCUAUCAGUAUAUUCAAGAGGACGAUGGUAUACAGAAGCUUAAGGAUGUUCCCUCAAAACUAGUGCGUGCCAAGAUUGAGGGAUCAUGGAUGAGUCAAUUGUAUUACACUGUACCGGGCUCCAAUGUAAGCCCUUCCUUUACACUCUCGGAAGCCCUUCUGGUGGUCGUUGUUCUUACUCUGAUUGGAUCUACAGGAGAAACACCUAUUGAUAGACCUGGAUCCUCUUUUCCCUGAACCAAAGACUUGCCCGCCACCGGACGCUAUGCUUCCAAACGAGUCUCGGAAGAUGUGGGAAGGUGUCACUGAAGCCAUUCAUGCCAGAGAUUACAGCCGCGCCACACAACUCAAAUCGGAGAUUGAGGAAAGGCAGCGCGAGAAGGCGGCCGCUAGGGCGGUGGAAGGUGUCGAAUGGAAACCAAGGUUCUUUGAAGCCCCCGCCUUGGCCGCUGGGAGGCCCAGGUUGAGCGCAGAUGGUGAGAUGGCGUUGAAGGGGUUACAUACCGGCGAUUACAAACUGGAGCCAGCAGCAGUUACCGGGGCUUGAAAUUCCCAGGAUAACCGAACGAGUAAAAGUUCACACCAUUCAUACCUGAUUGCCUGGAACUGUUCACGAUAGUGGAGAAACGGUAGCAACGGAAACCGAAGAACGAAAUAAUGUGAAGGCUCUCGAUUUGAUUGCACCCACUAGUUAUUUCUCCCGUUCAUUGUCUUGUCUUGUAUGAUUUUUUCGGGGUUCUACCCUCCUCCCCCUUUUUUUCCUUUUUUCCUUUCUCUUUUUCUCUCUGCUCGAGUCUUUCCUUCUAGUGGGCUAUCACCGGUUCACAUACACUGUUUAAAUACCUUUUAGAAAUGUCCAAUUUUGGGGUGCGAAUAUGUUGAAAAGGGAGGAAUAAAGAGAGAUGCAGUACAUUACAUUGCUUUAUCGUUACCUAUGCCUUUAGAGGAUAGGAGUUUUGUGGGGUGGGGAGGGGAAGCCAGGUGGAAGUGUGUUAAUGGAAGGGGGGCAGUUGUUCAAGUACGAUAGUAGAGAAUUGAGCUAGCUUGUUAGGUU